UCCUGUCCUGCAUCAUGGCGUGUCGUUACAGCACGAGCUCCGUCCGCUCCUCCAGCGCCGCUCGACUGCACAGCCGCUUCAGAGAGGAGUCCUCCAUCAGCUCCGUCACCGACGAGUCCUGCUGCUGCCAAGGUUAUCAAGGUGAUGAAGAGUCCUUUGGAGGUUACCAUGGAAACCAUCAGUACACCCGAGCAGGACAGCAGGUCGACUGGAGCCUCGGCGACGACAUACAGGCUCGCGGCGGUUCCGGUUCCGGUGUGGGCGUGGUCAGGGCGAUGGGUGACAGCUACUUCCUGUCUGCAGACGUGAGUGGAUUCGAGCCUCAUGAAGUGGUGCUGCUGGCCUAUAAUCAGUGUGUGGUUAUUCACGCCGAGAAGACGGCCGCUGAUGGGACUGUUGCGGGCCACUUUACCCAUAAGUCUGUGCUGCCGGCAGACAUGGACCCGUUAUCUGUGAGCAGCUCGCUGACCGCAGAGAGGAUGCUGAUCAUCAGCGUCAGACGCAGAAAAUCCUCGUCUUCCACUCUCAAACUCACCUCUGACCUCUGACCUUCCGGGAUCUCAACGCUCCAGUCGUUAUGGAUUGAUUAAAAAAAAAAAAUUGUCCCUUUUAUCCAUAUUCUUUCAUCUCACUUUAUUUUCUGUACUGUAUAUUCCAAUACUGUAAACACUUCAGCAAUAUUGUAAAUGUCAUGCCAAUGAAGUUUACUAAUUCUGACUCUCCAUGGAGGAGAAUAUGAAUUGCAUUGCAAUAAAUACACACUGCAAUAAAUAUUUUCUUGAACAUGAAUGCCUGUUGAUGAGCCACUGCAGCAAAAAAAAAAAAAAAACAACUUUAAUCUGAAAGUAAAUGUUUGUGCAAGUAAAAUUAAUGUAUUUUGUGUGAAAAAUUUUCAGAGUGAUAUUUUUGUUCUAAAUAAAAAUGUAGGUUUUGAUCAAUUCUGACUGUUUUUGAGCAAAAAGGAAUUUAAAUUCCAUUCAUUCCAGUGGAGUUAAUGCUGGUAAUUCUCAGAUUAUGCAUUUAUGAAAUUUAUGUUU